AUGCCGAAUUCGCUCCGCGGAUCUCGCUCUUUUGUAGAAAGUGGCGUGCGUAGCGAAACCAGGGAAUCCGGUGUAAGUCCGUCGGUCAUGAAGAAGUCAAGUCAAGCUCUAUUUUCUCACAAGACAGCAAAGAUGAUGAGUACCCUAGGCAAGACUGCCACAAAGACCCUAGCUGGAGCAUCUUUGAGUGAAAUUCACAGCAUUGAGCAUGAUAGGCAUUCUACCAGGGGGAGUAAGAAGCAAGCUUUACGAGACAUCAUGAAGACGACAGAGGAUGCGGUGACCACAAACUCCAAGGCAAAAGCGCUUAUUGAACAGCUGAAUGCGACAGACUUUUCUAGACCCCUUAUUCAACUAUCCGAUAGAGCUAAUGAUGAGAUUGCCAGGCUUAAAGGACAACUUCGGGCUCAAGAACAGGUAACAUGUAAUUUAACAGCUGAGAAGGAUGCUUUGGAGCAACAGCUGGCAAGCAUGGUGCAACGGCUUACUGAACUCCAGACCGAGCACACCAAACUGUUGGCCAUUGGUAACGUGGACGUAGAAAGUUUGCAGGAACAAAUAGCUGUAUUACAGGCCACAAAUGCAACGUUGAAAGACGACAACCAGAGGCUUCUGGAGCGGGAGCGCAUGAUGGAGACACACUUGGCCACAUCCUCUCAGGAGAAGGGGACCAUAGUCGCUCAGCUAGAAGAGCUGCGUGAAGAAACACGCCACCUUCUCGCUCAGCGUCAAUUAGAUAUGCAAGAACGCCGACGGCUUCACAACAUUAUACAAGAUCUGCGAGGCGCCAUUCGUGUUGCGGUUCGGCUCCGACCCAGUACGGCUGUCACGUCUCCAGGUGGUACAGAUGGCGGCAUACGGUUUGAGUUCCCAGAUAGUGCAACAGAUAAGCGGCUAAUUUCACUCUUUGGUAGAGCAGAAAAAUCACUUGAUGGCAUGAAGGUCAGAAGAGCAGAGCAUUCUUAUGAAUUUGACCGAGUGUACUCCAUGGAUGCAACACAGCAGGACAUCUGGAACGAUGUCAGUGAGUUAGUGCAGUCGGCACUAGAUGGCUUCAGAGUCUGCAUAUUUGCUUAUGGCCAGACAGCUUCGGGUAAAACACAUACAAUGCUUGGUCCUAGCUCUGGAUCGUGGGCAACCAUGGCUCCGGAAGACAAGGGCAUCAUGCCUCGUGCAGUAGAGCAGAUCUUCCUGUUUGCUAGUGAGACGGCGCGGGAUAAGUGGUCGUACGAGCUAACCGCCUCAUUCUUUGAGAUAUACAAUGACACAGUACAGGAUCUUCUUGUUCAAAAGUCAGGCAGCAACACGGGGAAGAAGUGCCAGAUAAUGCGAGAUGCUAAUGGGAACGCAUACGUCGACAACCUCUUCAAGAAAAAUGUAGCAUCACCAGAAGAGCUCAACUGGCUCCUAUGCCAAGCUUUUGAUAAUAGGGCAGUUGGUUCUACGGAUAUGAAUGCGCGCUCGUCACGUUCACAUGCGAUUUUUCAGCUGGACAUCAACGCGUCUAACGAAGAACACAAUCAGCAAUUGCACGGACAGCUCAAUCUCAUAGAUCUGGCUGGGAGCGAGAAUGUCGAGAAGAGCGGGGCAAAGGAAGAGCGCCUUGCAGAGGCAAUUGCUAUCAACAAGUCACUAACUGCACUUUCUAGUGUUAUAUGUAGUCUGGUUACAAAGACCCCUCAUGUUCCUUAUAGAGACUCUAAACUAACAAGUAUAUUGCAGCCAUCGCUCUCCGGGGACAGCAAGACAAUGGUCGUUGUCACUCUGGCCCCAGAGGAGAGCAACUACCAGGAGGCUGUAAGCUCUCUCAAAUUUGCUGCACGCAUAGCCGGAGUAGAGACCAUGCCAAAGCACCGUGCACCCAAGAGCACUAAGUAG